AUGGACGGUUACGAUAGCUUGAUGACUUUUCUGGGGACAGAUAAGUGGGUGAAAACUACAGAGGUUCAUGCUCCUCGAAUUCCUAAAUCCCAUGUGGAAUUCCUUGCUCCUGGAAUUUCUGACCACUGUUUGGCAAUUGCUUGGCUAUCUAAAGAGAGCAAUCCUAUGCAACAACUUUUCUUCAAACUUAAACGCCUUAAAACCAGUUUGAAAGCCCUAAACCAUAAUCAUUAUAACAACAUCUUUGCUUGUGUCAAGCAAAAGAAACUGGAGCUUGAGGAACAACAUAUCAGAUCAUUAAAUUUUGUAGAUUCUUUCCAAAAAGUACUCCAAUUACAAAAUGAACUUUAUCUCCUUGAAGAAGCCAAGAACAUGUUUUUAAGACAGAAAGCGAAGAUUCAAUGGCUUAAUGAUGGCGAUAAAUGUACUAAAUUAUUCCACUUUGUAGUUUCUACUAAAACCAAUAGGGACACUAUUAGAGUGCUUAUUGACGGCCAAAGGAAAAGAUUAGAAUCUUAUGAGGAUAUGGCUGUAGAAGUGCUACGGUUCUAUACAAACCUGAUUGGGACUAAAAAUUCUGAGGUAAAAUCAUGCGACCCGGACACUUUAAAAGAACUGCUCCAAUACUCUUUGCCUUUGGGAAGCUCAAAUGAACUUGUCAAUAAGGUCACAAGAGAUGAGAUUAAAGAUGCUAUAUUUUCUCAAGGCAACGACAAAGCUCCAGGUCCGGAUGGCUACACUCUAUAUUUUUUCAAGAAAACAUGGCCUAUUAUUGGAGAUGAUGUGGUGGCAGCUAUUACUCAUUUAUUUAGAAAAUCUUAUAUGCAGUGUUCUUCUUUUAAUGUCACUUGUAUUACUUUGGUGCCUAAAAUUCCAAAUCCAAGCAAGUGGGUUGAAGCUUGUUUCACUACUGCUCGUUACUCUAUAUCAUUUAAUGGAAGUCUAGUUGGGUUCUUCAAAGGUGCUAGAGGAUUAAAGCAAGGUGAUCCUAUCUCUCUACUUCUUUUUGUACUUUCUAUGAAUGUCCUUUCUAGUAUUCUUAACAAGGCUGCUAUUAGAGGUAUUUUUGGCUUCCACACAAGAUACUUGGGAUUAACAAGGCAAGGCGAAAUCUCUGGCCUUAAGCUUAAUGCACAUAAAUGUGAAUCCUUCACUGUUGGAAUUUCCCCUAGGAAAAUUGAAGAAAUCAAGUGGAUUACAUGUUUUAACCAUGGUUGUUUACCUGUUAGAUACUUGGGUGUUCCUCUAGUUUCUAGGAUACUUUCGGAAAAAGACUGUGUAGCACUUAUUGAUAAUAUUAGAGACCGCCUUCACAAAUGGUCUAGAAGACAUUUGAGCUAUGCUGGUAGACUUGAGCUAAUUAAAACUGUUAUGCAGAGUUCUGAAAAAACUGCUACUGGUGCAAGAGUUAGUUGGAAUAAGCUUUUCCUCUCGAAAUCCGAAGGGUGUCUUGGUCUUAAAGAAAUAAAGUCUUGGAAUAAAUCUUGUAUUUUGCAUUUGAUUAGGAAAAUCCUUGCGGGUGAUGGUUCGUUAUGGAUUGUAUGGAUUAAAGCUUAUGUUAUCAAAAAUUCUAAUUUUUGGAUCAUGGAGGAUGGGAUCAAUACAAGCUGGAGCUUUCGAAAACUGCUAAGUAUGAGGCCUCAAGCUGCUUCUAUUUUUGCUUCUGGAGCACAAUCAAUCAAAGACAUAUGGCACCUAAUUCGAAACAAAGAGGACAAGGUUACUUGGCAUAAGCUGAUCUGGUUUCCUCUUCAUGUUCCUAAGUAUAGUAUUAUUACUUUGAUAGCUUUCCUUGGCAGAUUACCAACCAAAUAUAGGUUGAUUCGAACGAGGUUCAACAUUGACAGUAAUUGUGUGCUUUGUAAUGAUUCGAUGGAAACUAGAGAUUACUUAUUUCUCCACUGUACUUUGGCAAAUUUGAUAUGGAGCUUUGUUUUGAAUCUCAAUGGCAUUUGCAGAGGAUCUUGUUUGUGGGGUACUCACAUUUCGUGGGCUUGUGCUUCUUAG